UGUGGAACUCUGCCUCAUCUCCGUUACCUCGCCCCUUCAUAUCAUCAACAAACCAUACUGCAGUCCUCAGCUUCGCGUGCAGUUUUUCGAAGGGGACGAUCUCGGAGUGCAUGCCGCGCCAAUGCAAAGACGGGUCAUUGACGAGGAGGAAUACGGCGAGGAAGACGAUGUGCCGCUUCAGCAUCGGCGGCCCUUUGGCGCAGGCAUCCAGCGCAAGCCUAUCCAGUUCGUUAAGGCAUCUGACCCGAACCUAAGCACGGCCGAACCAGUCAAGACCACCAAGCCCGGUUCUUCUGUGGGUGACUUCUACCUCAGCCUCGUUCUCCCGAGCGAGAAGGCGAGACCGGGGGUCGAGACGCCAGCGGCAAAAAUAUGCGCCGUGUGUGACUUGCCACUUGGUAAAGACGAUGCCGUGGGAGAAGUCAGCAACGGCGGCAGCAACAGCGGUGAAAAGACGACAGCGAAGAGACCACAGCACGAGGCGUCGAUUGCUCACCAGGUCUGUCUCACACACUCACAUCCGCCAUCGGCGCUGGACAGGUCACGCAUGGGCUUGACCUACUUGUCGUCGCACGGCUGGGACCCGGAUUCGCGGAAGGGUCUCGGCGCCGCGGGCCAGGGUAUGCAGUAUCCUCUCAAGACGCAGCCGAAGGAGGACAAGUAUGGUCUCGGCCUGGCUAUUCCUAAGGACCUCAAGAACAAAGUCGAGAAGAAGAAGAAGCAGACUCCUCAAACGCUGGACGCGAAGAAAUGUCGUAAGAAAGCCGACGAGGACAAAAAGAAGGCAGAGAGGUUGCGGCAAAUGUUCUACGGGAGCGAGGAUAUGGACAGAUACCUUGGUUCCGGUUUGUAACGAAGAAUAAGAUACCCAUACCAGAGAGUUCAGUGACGAGAUUCAAUACCAUUGGCGGGCUGAACCAAAUCCCUGACUGUUCACUUCCACUC